CCGACUCGAAUCGUAGCGUAAGUUUGGUUCAAGCGCCCGCCUUUCAUCGAGGUCUGUUGCUUGUAAAAAAUGUGGGAAAGCAGCACUUCCUGCUUCGCGAUUUUCUCUCCAGGAAAAAUGGUGCAGAGGGAGCAGUUCACAAUUACGCCUGGAGUUAAUAAAUAACAUUUUCGCUUCAUUUUGAUGGAUGCCAGAGACAAGCAGGUUCUGCGCUCCUUGCGCCUGGAGCUGUGUGCAGAGCUGCUGGUUGAGGGUCUUAUCAUUCAAUAUCUUUAUCAAGAAGAAAUUCUAACAGACAAUCAUGUGCAAGAAAUAAAGGCCCAAGUUACUAACCAACGGAAAACUUUGGUACUUCUUGACAUCCUCCCAACAAGAGGCCCUAAGGCAUUUGAAGCAUUUCUAGAAUCCUUACAAGAGUUUCCAUGGGUGAGAGAAAAACUUGAAUCAAAGCGCAAUGAAGUUAUGCUAAUGACUUCUGUAGAUGAUCAUCUACUCAGAUUUCCACAAAAGAUUUUGAAGAAAUCACCGACCGAUCAACAGAUUAGCAAACUUGCUCAGAGACUUGGACCUGAAUGGGAGUGCAUUGUAUUGUUUCUUGGCUUGAGCCAAAAUGAUAUCUACUGUUGUAAAGUCAACCACCCAUACAAUAUAAAAUCACAGAUUGUGAGUGCCUUCAUUUUAUGGAGGCAACGUUUGGGGAAUAAAGCUACUGUGGAGAGUCUGUGCGCUGGUUUGAAAUUUGGAGAAGUAGAUUCUUCAGUAAUCCAGCAGCUGUUUUAAUGAGCUUCUAAACCUCAUCACAACUGGAUUCAAUAGAACCAAAGGCCCAUCCAAUAUUCUCUUCGCACAGUGCUCACUCAGAAAUUAUGAAAAGUCUACAUCUUGGCACAACUAUAGCAAUCACCCAGUAUUUUCUGGGUACAUUGCUUACCAAUUGGCCUUAACAUGCCAAUGUUGAUUGCUGCAGCAGGUAUAUUGCCAUCAUAAUGAGGGUUGGUAACCCCUUUCUCUCCCUUUUUGGAGUCUCCAGAUGCCAUGCCUUCAUGGCAAAGUGGCAAAGCCACUUUUAAGAUCAGAUACUGUGGAGGAGAUUUUGGUAUGGCAUGAGAUCCCAUCAUGUGGAUGAGAAAUUAGUGUUGACAACCAUACCAAUACUGUGCAAGCCUUCUGCAAUUCCAAGUGACUCUUCUCUUGGCCUUAGUAAUCUUUAUUAAUAGCAGUAAGUUGAUCCAGUAGCAAAUCAUAAGGAAAGGGCAGUCAUCACUGAAUAGCUACCAAAGAUAACAGUCUCACUAUUAGAGAUUCAAGGAAACAUAACAGGUACUUGGAGUUACUACUUUGUGUUAUACACCCAGCAAGUUGGUGACUCUGCUUUUUUAAUGUUAAUGUCUAGGAAUGUUAUAAUGUCCUGUUUAUUUUUAAAGAAUGCAUAUUACAACCAUAAAAAAUAACAGUCCAAAAACUCUACAUUUUGUUAUAUG